GAGGAGGAGGAGGAGGACGAGGAGGAGGAGGAGGAGGAGGAGAGAGCAGAGUAUACCGCAGACAUCAUUUCUACUACAGUGGCGGAGCCGUACAGGACCUGUUUCACUGCAGGGGGAUCCAAAACAGCCCCGUGGAGCAGCCGCCCGAGCUACAGCAGCCGCAAGCCACUGUUUCUCUCCCUCUGCCCCCCCUUCCCCACGCAACCCCAGAUCCAUUUACACUUUACAGAGCAUCGUGUGGCAAGUCGCCAGGGUGGUCCGUUCGAGCCGCGGAUUUGUGUGUCAUCCUUGGAAGGCGGUCUCCUCCUCCACGGCCACUACAGGGAAGUGCAUCACGUAUCAGCAUACUGGAGCAAAAUGAAAGAAUUUAUUCUGAGGCCUCAGAAGUCAUGCUGCUACAGACCAUGAGCAAGAAGGAGUGGACUUCAGCCUGCACGGAUGGUCUUCAAACACAAACGGCUGUGGGUCUAGGCAUUUUACACUGAAUUUCUCUACUGCCGCCCCCUCCACUCCAGCAAAAUCUGUGUGGAAAGAUCCACUGGGAAGGAACUGACGGCUUAUGUUUCUCCAGUGUGAUGAAAGCACAUGGUACAGUUUUCCAAAGAAAUUAGUCCUUUUUCUGGGUGAAACGAAACCAGUCUGCUGUUUUCAUAGGGGAUUUCUCACUCCUCUGGAAGGAAGAAAGAACACGCCUGAGCCCAGGAGCGCUCCAGCUUCUUGUGGGAAGUCUCCAUGGUGAAGGCUAAGCCAGGGCUACCUGCGAACAGCGCGCAGUGAAUGUCCUUCCAGAGCUGCGGCCGGUCGAUCGAACCCACGAGGAGAUGAUUCCUCAUGAAGAGCCUGGAUCCCCUACAGAAAUCAAAUGUGACUUUCCAUGUAUCAGACUAAACCCAGAGCCAGCCAGACAGUGAAACAGUCACCGUGGAGGGGGGACGGCGAAAAAUGAAAUCCAACCAAGAGCGGAGCAACGAAUGCCUGCCUCCCAAGAAGCGCGAGAUCCCCGCCACCAGCCGGCCUUCUGAAGAGAAGGCCGCCGGGCCGCCGAGCAACAACCACCGGGCGGAGUCUGGGGCAUGGCUCCCGGGCAACCCCGGGGGCCGCGCCCCCGGGGGCGGCAGGCACGGCCCGGCGGGGACUUCGGGGGAGCUCGGUUUACAACAGGGAAUAGGUUUACACAAAGCGCUGUCCACGGGGCUGGACUACUCCCCGCCCAGCGCGCCCAGGUCCGUCCCCGCGACCAGCACGCUGCCCGCGGCGUACCCUCCCCCGCAGUCGGGGACGCCGGUGUCCCCCGUGCAGUACGCUCAUCUGCCACACACCUUCCAGUUCAUCGGGUCCUCCCAGUACAGCGGGCCCUACGCCGGGUUCAUCCCUUCACAGCUGAUCUCCCCGACGGCCAGCCCCGUCACCAGUGCCGUGGCCUCUGCCGCGGGGGCCACCACUCCAUCCCAGCGCUCCCAGCUGGAGGCCUAUUCCACUCUGCUGGCCAACAUGGGCAGUCUGAGCCAAGCCUCAGGACACAAGGCUGAGCAGCAGCAACAGCACCUGGGCAGGACGCCGGGGCUCAUCACCCCGGGGUCCCCCCCACCCACGCAGCAGAACCAGUACGUCCACAUCUCCAGCUCUCCGCAGAGCGCCGGGCGCACGGCCUCUCCUCCGGCCAUCCCCGUCCACCUCCACCCGCACCAGACGAUGAUCCCACACACGCUCACCCUGGGGCCCUCCCCCCAGGUCGUAGUGCAAUACACCGACUCCGGCAGCCACUUUGUGCCGCGCGAGGCCGCCAAGAAAGCUGAGAGUGGCAGGCUGCAGCAGGCCAUGCAGGCCAAGGAGCUCCUGAACGGGGAGGUGGAGAAGGGCCGGAGGUACGGGGCCCCGAGCUCGGCUGACUUGGGCCUGGUGAAGGCCAGCAAGUCCCUUCCUCACCCUUACGAGUCCAGGCACGUGGUGGUCCACCCCAGCGCCGCCGACUACGGCGGCCGGGACUCCUCGGGGGUCCGGGCCUCUGUGAUGGUCCUGCCCACCAGCAACACCCCCGCCGCGGACCUGGAGGUGCAGCAGGUCACGCACCGGGAGGCCUCCCCCUCCACCCUCAACGACAAAAGCGGCCUGCACCUAGGGAAGCCCGGGCACCGGUCCUACGCGCUGUCACCCCAACAGGCUCUGGGCCCCGAAGGCGUGAAGGCCGCCGCCGUUGCCACGCUGUCCCCCCACACGGUCAUCCAGACCCCACACAGCGCCUCGGAGCCUCUCCCGGUGGGACUGCCAGCCACCGCCUUCUAUGCGGGGACGCAGGCACCGGUCAUCGGCUACCUGAGCAGCCAGCAGCAAGCGAUCACUUACGCCGGCAGCCUGCCCCAGCACCUGGUGAUCCCCGGGACGCAGCCCCUGCUCAUCCCGGUGGGCAGCGCCGACGUGGAGGGGUCGGGAGCAGCCCCCGCGAUAGCCACCUCGUCGCCCCAGUUCGCGGCCAUGCCUCACACCUUCGUCACCACCGCCCUUCCCAAGAGCGAGAACUUCAGCCCCGAGGCCCUGGUCACGCAGGCCGCCUACCCCGCCAUGGUGCAGGCCCAGAUCCACCUGCCUGUGGUGCAAUCGGUGGCGUCCCCCGCCUCGGCGCCCCCCACGCUGCCCCCCUACUUCAUGAAAGGCUCCAUCAUCCAGUUGGCCAACGGGGAGCUGAAGAAGGUGGAGGACCUAAAGACGGAAGACUUCAUCCAGAGUGCGGAGAUCAGCAGCGAUCUGAAGAUCGACUCCAGCACGGUGGAGAGGAUCGAGGACAGCCACCACCCCGGCGUGGCCGUGAUCCAGUUUGCGGUUGGGGAGCACCGAGCACAGGCAAAUGAUUCCUUAUACAAGGCAUAUCACGGGCCUCCUCCGUUUUUGCAAUCCUGGGCUUCUGUGCCUCGCAGGACAGGGCUUGUAGACACCACCAGCAUUCACUGACCAAAAACCAAAGGGGGACAUGGAAGGAAUCUUUGCGGACCUCAUGCUCAUCAUCGGCCCACAGACCUCAUGGGAACUGAAGCCCUCCUGUCUAAAACAGAGGGGGGGGGGUCGUUUUGGUGAUUAUUUUAAGGAGCUGAACUCCUAAUUGUUACUGCGGAAAGACGCCUCCAGUGUUGUCUCCAGCUGAAGCUCCAGACGAGGCGGUGUGGGAGAAAAGCGCUGUCGCCAAGCUGUCACCGUCCCCGGGGCUCGGCCAUCCCCGCUGCAGUGUUUUUCUGCACAAGGCAGUGUCUUUGUGCCCAGUCCUCUGGCCCGCUGCUGUGGGAGAGCGAAGGAGAAUUCCAGGUGUGAUCUGUUCCCACCAAAUGCACCACCCGACACCUCCUUCUGGCCACUCUGUGUCUCCUUCCUCUUCUGUUCGGGGACAGGUAGCACAUUUCCACCCCAGGGAGGAGAGCCUGCCUGCAUGAUUCUGGUUGAAACUCCGAUGGACAACAGAAUCACUUCCCUUGGGGCCUCACUGCCAAAUAUAAUCCACUGGAUAUUCUUCUCCAAGAUUGUAAGUCCGUGGCAAGUCCCAGAGGGGAUCCCCGGGGCAAUAGUGGGAGCCAGUGCGGCUCAGCGAGAGGAAGGGGGGCGUCCUCUGCUGCAGUGGGAAGCAGGUGAGCUGGUGAGCUGGUGAAGAAAAUGCAGGACCAAAAUACCUAAGUCGGGAUCUAUCUUCCACCCCUCCGUAGCGCUGGACCUGGUACAAAUCAUGUACAAAUUAGUGCACAAAUACUUUACUGUGCAAACCAUCUCAGCCGUCCAGUCUGCUGACGCAGUGGGAAGAAUGAGGGUUGUUGUAAGGAUUCAAGAAAAUGUGUUCAAAGGAACAAGCGCACUGUGUAACACCCGGUAGGCCCUUGACAAUGUCCGUGACUAUCCCUGCUUCAAUUUAGGGGGCUUUGGCCCUGGGAAGAGAAAGGUUAGGGGCGGUUAGGUGGUGCAGCCAGCUCUUGGUUUCAGCUCAGGUCAUGAUCUCAGGGUCGUGAGAUCGAGCCCUGCAUCUGGUUCCCCACUCAGCACAGAGUCUGCUUGAGAGUCUCUCUCCCGCUGCCCCUCCCGUUCGUGCUGUCUCUAACAUAAAUAAAUCUUUUAAAAAGAGAGAGAGAAACGUUAGAUUCUGAAAAAAUAAAUAAAAGGCUUCAUGCUCUAAAAAAGAAUUUAUGAAAGGAGAGGCAGUCUAGAAAUGUCCAGAAAGAAGGAUAAAGUUCCAGAGCACCCACACCGCUAUUUCUCCGGGAGGGGCUAAAUGCCCUCCUGCGUACAGCCCCGCUGUAUUUCCCCAAGUGUGAGCUGGCCUGGAGGAAUGCAUUGGUGGCCCAGCUGUCCACAUCGGUAAGAGCCCCAGGAAUGAAGGUCUCAUGUGUCUUUCUUCUGCCAGGUGCCCACUGGGCGAGCCUCUGCCCAGGAUGCCCCCCCCCCCCCCCGCCCCGGGGAGCCUUCCACUUCCAUCCGGCAAACAUUUUCUGCCUGUGAGCCGCCUGCCCAUCCCUCUGUCUCAUGCUCCCCAGGCUCAGCUUUUCUGAAGAGUACGCAAAACUUGCUCAGUCGAAUUGUAGUGAAUUUUAUUUGUAAAGUGCUCUGGGGUGACACUUCCCUUGGACUGUGUCUUUCCUAACUGGCGAGCUGCUUAUGUUAUUAGGGCUGUCUCUCACUUCCCAGAUCCUCCCGAGGUGACUGCUUCCCUUCACCUCCUUGGUGGCUGCUUAAUAUUCAGUGCCAUUUACCUCUCGUAGCUGUCCUGGGGGGCCACACGCGUGCGUGUGUGUGUGUGCGUGCGCACGCACAUGCUAGUAUUUUAUAAUGAUGUGCUUACUGCACACCUGCUGACGGCUUUUCUUUCAUUGCACUAUUUCUAAUUUGACUGCUAUGUUCUGACUCAUCAGUGGUAGCAUUAUGCUUUAAUGGAUUAGCUGGUGCCUAAAAAUAGCCAAACGUCAUGCGAGCAGCACAGAGGUCUUUAUGGUCCCUUAGCAGCCAAGGCAAACCGACUUGCCAGCAUUUCACAUGUGGGGCUUGGUGGGAAUGAAUCCUAAUGUAUCAAAAAAUAGAUAGUGAUCUCCCCGUGUGCAAAAGCCCAGCGCUGGGGCCGUGGUCCAGUUGUCGGUGAUAAUCCUCCUCUCGAUGCUCAAGCCAGAAAGGCUCCAACAGAAAAAAAUGGCAUCGAACCACAUUUCUGUUGAUGUGUCUGUGACCCCUCCAAAAAAAAAAGAAAGAAAAAGAAAAAGGCUCUCCUUUAGUCUAUGUGUGAUAUACGUGCCCCUAACCAGGGAAUCUUAUGUGUAUUAUGGAAGCAGACUCUCAUUGUUGCUUAUAGCUGUUUUUUAGUUAAUAGACUUUAUUAUUUAAAGUAGUUUUAAGUUAAAAAAAAAAAAAAAAACUGAGCAGAAAGUAGAGGGAUUCCCAGACACAGAGUUUCCCCUAUUAUCAAAAUCGUGCACUUGUGUAGUGCAUGUGUUACAACCCGUGAGCCAGUAUUGAUACAUGAUUAUUAACCAUAAAGCUUACGUUAAGGUUCAUUCUUCAUGCUGUACAUUCUGUGGGUUUUGACAAAUGCAACAUGUCAUGUAUUCGGCAUUGCGGUAUCAUUCAGAGUAGUUUCACUGCCCUAAAAAUUUACUAUGUUUCCUGUGCAUCCUGCCCAUCCCCACCCCCACCCUGGAGCCCGGGCAACCCAACCACUCAUCUCUUCCUGUCUCCGUAGUUCUGCCUUUUCCAGAAUGUCAUGUAGUUGGAAUCACACAGUAUGUAGCCUUUUCAGACUGGCUUCUGUCACUUGGCAAUAUGCAUUUAAGGUUCUUCCAUGUCACUUAGUGGCUUUGAUCGCUCAUUUCUUUUUAGCAGAGACUAAUACGUUGUUUUUCUAAAGCACACCUUUUACGACCCUAGAGGAGGAGGGCAGGUGGGAUAGAAUUCUGUGUGUCUGAGAGGUGCUCCAGCCACCUGUUGAGUCAGAUCCUAAUGGGGCCUCCCUGCAGUGGAGGCUCUGGGAGCCAGCCUACAGCAUAGGAGGAGAACCCAGCAUGUCAGUCAGGAUCUGUGUUUGGGGGCGUCUCUGAGCUAGGGUGUGGGUUUACCGAACAACCCCGAAACACUUCCACCAAAGACUGAGUCAGGUUUUAGCAUUAACGUGAUUAAAUGUUUUAAAUAGAACACUCACAGAUAUUCUUACACUCGACUGAAGAGUUGUGACUGUUUUUAAUAAUGACUUUUAAACACUGGAGAAAAUGGGUCUCUCACUUAGCCACGUAAUCAUUGCUCCAUGUUGAGAACAUAAUCAUGCACACUGGCCUUUAAGGAAAGCAGAUUGGCUUUUUUUUUCUCCUGGUAAAACAGGAUCAAGGAUUUCACUGGCAGACAAAGUUGGCAAUUCCCAACUUAAUAAUUUCAACAAAAGCAAAGCAAGCCAUGUUCACUGAAGCCCAGCUUCUGAGAGAUCUUGCUGAUCCUGGGUAGGGGCAGAAUUUGUACGUUUGGGAUGGUGUCAAGCAAAAAUGUUUUGUAAAACAGAUGCCCUUCACAUUUGUGAAAACAGGGAUUCUCGUGGAGGAAAGGGGAGACAUAUUUAAACAACAGACGUUUUGUUUUCUUUAUAUCUUGUUUUUGGUGGUAUGUACAUAUGUGUGUAUAUAGACAUAGCACCAAUCUAAGAUUGAAAUAUACACCCAAACAGCAAAAAUAUGUGGAUACGCAUACAGUGUUUAGAUACAGUAGUUGUUGACUAAGUAGUUAACAGAAUUUUAUUAAACUUACACACAGAAGAGCUAAAAAUGAUCUUAAAAGCCAGUCAUUAGCCAGACCAGGAAGGUGACGUUGAAUAAAUAAUCAUCAGCCCGGAAGCGAGGAUGUGUUGCCUCUCUGUCUUGGUUCUUCCAUCCUGAAUAGAAAUUGGAGGUGAUCGUUUUAGAGGAGUUGAUUUGGGGUGGGGGGAUGCUGGAGAGAGGGAGGGGUGGGCAGAUUUCUCAUAGAAGCAGCGGUGAACCUGCCGCAGCAGGAGGAGGGCAAGAAAGGGUGGAAAAGGACGGGCGGUAACCCGCCCCUAAAAAGGAAAGGUGCUGGCUACAAGGCAUCCAGAGAUGAAAGGCAGACGGGCCUCAAGCUGACAUAGGACAAAGGCUAUUCAUGCUCACAUUUCAUCCUGCAGACUGCUCAAAGUGUUUGGAAAAGAAUGUAUUUAUGGGUUGAAAAAAAAAAUGGGCUGUGUUGAGCCGCCAGAAGUUAUGUAACAUGCUUGGGUUUUAUAUGGCACUGCCCUCCUGGAUAUAUUUUCCUUGGGGUUUCAUCAGAGACUCUUUGAACCCCGGCAUGAUCAUGAAAUGAAUUAAUGAUUAUUAGCACAUCUGAAAGAGCAAAAGGAAACUCAGGAGUGGAGAGAAAGCAACUGAAGUGUGAUUCGGUGAAAUCAAGAUGAGUUGAGGCAGCGAUCACUCAGCCCAGAAAGCUGCCGGUUCAGGGGUGAGCCAGACCCAGGGAAGGCUCUGCUCUUCUCCCUGGGGAGGACCGGAAGUCCAAUUUAGUCCUGGCUGAUGAAAAGAAACAAGGACAGGCAGAGCCUUCCGGCGUCUAAACAUUGACCUCUGUUGGCCAUUGGUGCCAUUACAGUGUUUUUACGUAGAGAAAGCGAACACGGAACCGGUUAUUCUUUCGGAUUUUUACUGAGCACCUGUUACACUCCAGGAAGUAUUCUACACUCUGGUGAGAGAACAAUGAGCAAAACAGGCAAUAUCUCCACCCUGGUGGAGCAUAUAGUCUUGGGGGAGUCUGGGGGAAGAGGUGGCACAAACAAAUACGUAAGCAAAUAUAAUAAGUGCUAUGGGAAAAAAAUAAAGCAGCCUAGAGAAGAUGGGGAUGCUAGGGAUGGAGGGUCGUUACUUUAAAUAGGGUGGUGGUCUGUGAAGCUCUCUCUGUAAAGGGGAAUGGGAGGCAAUAGUACACAGGGCAGGAAGGAUCCCAAAUGGAGGGAACAGCAGAUGCACAGACCCAGAAGCUCGUGUCUUUUGGAGUUCAGUAGGAGACCAGUGUCACUACCGUGCAGUGAGUUGUUCGUGGCGGCUUUUUCUCCCAGUGAGAAGCUGGCUUGGCUAGGGCAGUGGUGGUGGAGGCAGGAAGAUAUAGUCUCAUUCUAGAUAUAUUUGGAAGACGGAACCAACAGGAUUUGCUUGUAAUUUGGAGAUGUGCAGUGUGAGAAAGAGCUGAGUAAAUUAUUCCCAGCACCUUGACCUGAACCCCUGGAAGCAUGGGGAUGCCAUUCAUGGAGAAGAACAGAGCAGACACCAGUAGGCAAGGGCCAUACCAAGGGGGGCUAUUUGGGACACGUAAAGUUCGAGUUGCCAAUAGUCACCCAAGCGGAAUCAUCAGAUAACAUGGCUGCCAUUAUCCAACUCCACCCCUGUGAAGUUACUUGUUUCAUUUGCAUGUUCUGUCUCCCCACCGAAGGCAAGAACUGGAUCUUCAACCAGAGGUACACUUUUCUAGUCCCCAACACUUACCAGGUGCUCAGGAUUACAUAUUGAACGUUACUAAAACUGCAAACCCUGGAGCGUGAACACUUGAUCAACAAUAUCCUGAAGCUCUUGGCAUCAUAGGGAAGACCCACGUGGGUCUCAAAUUCAAGCAAUUCACAGACUGAUCAUUCUGGUUUCAAGUAACAUCAUGUCACAAAAUCCUACCUUCUUUGUUUCAUCUCCCAAACAGUACAACGUGUUUUGAGGUAGAUAAUGCUCCCCACCAAGGGAAUUCCAAGGAGAUCAACCUAACCAUCUCUAUUCUCACAGAAAAAUCCCUCAGUGUGAUUUCUUCAUUAACUGUUAAUGAUCAGUUAACCUUUAAAAAUGUUUGUGUCCUUUUGACAAACCUAAUUAUGAAAUAAAAAUAGAUUUGUUAUGAAUACUUUAGUGUGCUUAUUUGCGACACGUGCAACAGGAGUUUGACUUUCACCAAAGAAAGAGGAAAAAAUUUAUUUUAGGUCACAUAUAUGCAGAUCAAAAAAAAUGCAUCAUCUAGAUAAUUCAGUCUACAUAAUUAGGGAGGAGAAAAAUAUUAGUGAGGAUAAAUAUUAGCAAAGAUAAGUAAUUAGUGAGGGCAAAAAUAACAUUUGACCUGAGCUAUCCUGUCCACUGCUUACAAUGAUCAGAUUAUCUGAAUAGUCUUUUGCUCCUAGUCUGCAUAGACCCAGCUGAGGAUGUACGGUGUGGUAUCUUUUCCCAGGAUAGCAGAGCUUCUCUGGGAGGAGACAAAGCCAGAAUUUAGGAGGAAGGGACCAAAAGCAAGCCUUUGAAGUGGUAGAGAAGACCUUCCCCAACCUAUCCAGGUUAAAAAUAAAUUCUAUUAUUAUCAGCUCUUUUUAGUCCACAGCUCAAAUAAUCUUCUCUCUCCUCAUCACUUUCAUGAAUUUUUAGGUGGGCUCUUCAAGCUAUGGACCACGUUACAACAUUUAAUUCCAAGACUUGUCUUGGGAGUUUUGAGAUGAAAGAGUAAUGAAGGGCUUUCAAAAUGCCCCCAAACAUUAUGAUGUAUAUAAUGGGAAGCAUAUGCAUCUGCAUCAUAGCUUUUGGAGUGAUCGGCAAUGUUACCUCUUAUAAAGGCCUUGAACACAUUUCUUCUUAAAAAUGAAUCUGCAGAUACUUGGUAACAUGUGGACGUUUUCAGUUAGAUUUGUCUACAAGUAUACAGUAAAUGUUAUAUUCAGAACAUGAAAUGUUGGCUGCUCUGAGGAGUUUGUAUAAUAUGGCUCACACACCAAGAACCUGACCAUUAGCAGGUGUCAGACGGUCUGUCAGCAAGGAGACACAGACUCUACCCAAGUACAGGGGAUCCUGUAGGAAAACACAAAGUCAUAAUGGAGGCCAGUGUGUUUAGAAUUAGGGUUUGUAGUGUUAUGGACAUUACAUUACCUCUGACCAGUGUUAGGCAGGGAUAAGCAAAUAGAUUCUUAGGGGCUAUUUACACUUGAGAAGUUUGUUUCUCUGACUUUCAAUUGCAGCUAAACAAUCCCCACUUGAAGUAGGAUUUGUUCCUUCUGCUUGGUGUAUGAUGUUAAUGGCUCUAAGAGGUUUGGGACAGGAUUUAUGGAGCCAGCUCCAGGCUGGUCCUCCACUUGGAACUCAGUGGGCAUCCCCAUCUGACACUGUAACUUGUAGGUAUCUUUGUACAUACAUAUAUGCAAAUACAUAUUUGUGUGAUAUAAUGUUAGUUCUGUAAUUAAAUAUCAGCCUCAUCACCCAUUAUGUAGGGAGAUGAGAAUUGUAUGAGUAGAUGUAAGGCAGACACUAUUCCACAAUUUUCUGAACAAUGAAAUAAAGCAAUGAGCUUGUGUCAUGGGAUCUUACUUAUUUCAACUAACAUUUAUCACUGUUGGGGGUAGUGGAAAUGUUAAAUUCAUCUCUUUUAGUGGCAUUAUGAUAUCUUUGUUCACAGGGGCAGAGAUAGGAGCAUAGGGAAAGAAAAUGGGUUUUGGGGGCCAAAGACUGGGAUUAAAUCACUAUUCCAUCAGCUCAUAGUUAUGAUGUUAGGCAAGUGAUUAAAUCUCUCUGAGACUGUAGUUCCUUAUUUGUAAAAUUGGAACACUAGUACUUUUUUUUCACUAGUCUGCUGUGAGCAUAAACAAAAUACUUUUUGUGAAGUUUGUACCUAAAUGUUUGACAGGUAGUAGACACUCAAAAAUUUUUAGCUCUCUUUACGUUAUUAAAAUAGCCCAGAACAAUUCCCCCCCCCCGAUAAUAUGCACAUUUAUAUGGGCUCACGCUCACACACACUCUAGAGCAAUAAACUUGAACAUUCACUCCAGUUGUUCCCUCUAAAAAUACUUACGACUUUUACGGAACAAAUAAAGUACAUCAUUCAAGAAGCGUGUGUACAACUAAAUCAAUCAUAGUUAUCAAAAAAGAUAAAGUAGGUAAAAUAGAAAGCCACAGUCCGUAUCACAUGGAAAUUUACCACUUUUUAGAUUUGCCGGGGGGGGGGGAUAUUUUAAUUACUUCUGUGUUUGUGUAUGUGUGUCUGCAUAAAAAUUCAACAAAGCCUUUUUAAUAUUAUUAUAUAUAGUCAAUAUUAUUGUGAUUUACCCACAUCUAUCAUUUUCAUUGUUCUUUGUUCCUUCCUGCAUCUACAAACUUCCAUCUAGAUCGAUUUCUUUCUCUACAUAGAGAAGACUCGGUAGUAUUUUCUUUAGUGCGGAUCUACUGGUGGUGAAUUCUCUUAAUUACCGUUUGUCUGAAAAAUGUAUUUUGCCUUACUUCCUGAAGGCUCCUUUUGCUCAAUAUAGAAUUCCUGGUUGGCAAGUCUUUUUCUUGAGUGUUUUAAAGAUACUCCAUUGUCUUCUAGAUAAAACAGUUCCAUUUUUUAAGUCAAUAAAUUUUAAAUUUAAUUAAGUCAAUAAAUUUAAGAGAUUUCACAUGGGAUUCCUUCCACUGUGGAUCACCUUAGCUCCUCCAAAGUGGGAGUCACAAUCUUCAAAAUCGCCUGUCUACAAAGAACUUUUGUUCCAUCCACAGUUGUCACUGUCAGUCAGCCCAUGGUUCUUAUGGUUGGGCUUCUCUGAUCUCCACAUGAAUAUGGACAGACUUCACAGACUCCCCACCUGUAAUCUUUGCACUUGCUUUUGGUUUUGUUUAGCUCACAGACAAAGACUUAGACAAGUGGGAAAAAACAAAUCCUCUUGCAACCCAGAACUCAUUGUUCAAUGGGAAUUUUGAUACAGGUGAGAAGGAACAUGAUACCCAAAAUAGUUCCAUUCUUUUUAGUGAGAAGUCAACUAUGAAUUUAAUUGUUGCCUAUUUGGAGGUAAUGCAUAUUUUAUUCUGGAGACUUUGGGGAUUUUCUUUUCCAAUCUUUGGUUUGUAGCAGUUUAGCUGAGUCCUGCUGAGGUGAGAAAUUCUUUUUCUUUUUCCUGCUUGGGGGUUAGGCCUUCUUGAAUCUGCAGGUUGUUGUCUCAUAUCAAUUUUGGAAAAUUCUGAGCUAUCAUUUCCUCAAAAAUAUUCCUCCUGCCCUAUGAUCUCCCUCUUCUCCUGGUAUGAUUCAAUUUAUGUGUCUGUUAGACCUUCUCAAUGUGUCUUCUAUGUCUCUCACCUCUCCUCUCCUCUGUGUUAGCUAUCUUUUUGUCUCUGUGUCUCAUUCUGUAUAGUUCCUUCCAAAGCACUAAUUAAGGAAUCCAGUUCGCCAGUUCUCUCAUCAACCACAUUUAUUCUGUUGGAAAAUCCAUUGCAGUCUCCUGAUUUUAGUGAAUGUAUGUUUCUUUAUUCUAGAACUUCCAUGGAUCUUUUGAAAACAGAUUCUAGUUCUCUACCAAAACCCUCAAACUUGUCUUUAAUCUCCUUAAAUAUUGUAAACAUAGGUCAUUUUAAUGUCUGUAUCUGAUGACUCUACUUCAGAAGCCCCUGUGGGUCUGUUUCUAUUAUCUGUUGUUUCUACUGGUUUUUUAUUCAUGUCCUCUGGUCUGUUCAUGGACCUUGCCCCUCUUUUUUAAUUGAGUGUCUUUUAUGUGAAAAACUGUGGAAAUAAUUCAAGACCUUAACCCAGUUUUAGGGGUUAAGAUGAUUAAAAUCUGAGUUUCAGACCUUGAGAGGGCCUGUCUACUUCUGGUUCACCUUACUUCUAGAGUACAGCACUCAGCACUUUGGGGUCACAGCCCAAAAGAGUAGAGCUCACCAGAAAGCACCCUCCCUUGGUACACCUGAAGGGUACCCUGAAUUUCAUUCCCUACUCCCCCAUCCUCCACCCCCUUGAGAUGACCAGAGGUCUACUUGGUUUUGAAACUGCUCAAGUUUGAAAUGUGCAGAUGCCCUCAGGGGAAAAUAGGUUUAAAUCUCUCGGCCAUCACCCUUUUCUGAGCCUUACCUGGUGUUUUUUCAUUAUCUUAUUUUCUGUCUAAUGCCAUAAGAAAUCAUUAUUUACAUUUCGCCCUUAAUUUUUGUUUGGUUGGUUUUUGUUCAGAGCAUUUAGUUGCCCUCAGUGAGAAGAUUGUUCCAGAUUACCUAGUCUAUUAUCCCUAGAAUAGCCAUGGAAAAUUGACUCUUUAAAACUACUUCAUUGUUUUUUUUUUCUUGUUUAUAUAGCAUAAAGUUGAAGAAAAAAAAAUUUCUAUGAAAAUUAAACUGUUAGAACCUCAAGUGCAUUUCAACCUAAUUUAAUGGCAACAGUAGGACUUUCACUGGACACUGUCUCCUUGCUUUGCUCACCUAUCCCUAUUUCUGGGCGUGUCUUCUCCUUGCAACCACGCCUGUACUCCACUCCCUGUUAUGUUUUAAAACUCAGCACAGUGUAUCCUCAUCCAGGAAGACUUCCUUAAUCACCUCCUCUUCAAACUGGUCUAUGCCUUUCCUCUGCCCUCCAGCAACUUAAUGUUGGUAUUCAGUAUUAUAACCCCACUCGCCACAUUGAUCAGCAAUUGUGUUCAUGUGCCUCUUUUGCCCACUUGAUUGUGAACUACUU